AUGCCGCCACCUCCACGAACACCGUCUCCGGCCGAGACAAUACGGCCAAUCCAUUCGCGUUGCGACUGCAAAGCCUCUAGCAGGCACUCCACGUCUACCGAUGCCAGCGAAUGUGUGGCAGCAGCUUGCGAAGAGUGCAAUUCCAGCAGCGUCUGCUUAGAUAACUCACCUCUGCAAGAUGGCGUCCAAGAAACCAACAACACUUCUGCAGCCGACUAA